AGAUAAUCCUUCCGUAUAUCUUCAGUUCGCCCGAUAUAAAGAGACAUCUUCCAAUCCCAAUGCGGUCCCGCUGACAUAAUACCCUUCAACCUCCUCCCCCUUCAGUCUUCACCACUCACCCGCCACCGACCGCGCAUCGCAUCGCAUCUAUCAUUUUCAUCUAUUUCGAUCCCUGAUCCUGCCCGAACACUUCACUGCAGACAUCAUCAUGGGCGUCCGAGACUCCGGCGAGGUGACGGGGACGCCCGACCCCGUUGAGAGAGGGCUCGCCACCAUCAACACCAUCACCCUCGGUGUGAAGGCCAUGGUGCAGAAGGAUGGCGAACUUCGGAAAGCUGAGAUUCUGUCGAUUCGAGAACGCAAGGGUGGUCUUUCCUUUUAUGUUCAUUAUGUCGAUUUCAACAAACGUCUUGACGAGUGGGUCCCGGCUGCAAGAAUCGACCUCACACAAGAGGUAGAAUGGCCACGUCCUGAAAAGUCGGACAAGAAAAAGAGCGCCGCUAUUACCAAGGCCCCUAGCAAGAAUGUCCAGAAACAGCAGCGCGCCGACAGCCGCGAGGUAUCGGGAACCCCAGAUGCCUUUGGCAGUAAGAAUCAGAACGUCGCCAAGGCUCCCCGGCCAUCGAAGGCUGGGGGCAAAGAGAACCGCGAUACGCCUGGUGAUGUCUCGAUGGCCGGGUCUGAGGUAGUCUCUGCCGCCGGGACGCCGAAAGUCAUGGACUCGGAGGAUCUUGAAAUGACCGAUGCUCUACUCAAGGACGAAGUCAAGACCGCAUCGGGUGAAUUGAUUACUCGUGAGGAGGAGAUUGAGCGGUUGCGUACCGGUGGUAGUAUGACCCAGAACCCGACUGAGGUGCAUCGCGUGCGAAACUUGACCAAGCUCCAAAUGGGCAAACACGAUAUUGAGCCCUGGUAUUUCUCACCAUACCCAGAUUCGUUUUCCGAUGUGGAUCUGGUCUACAUCGAUGAAUUCUGUCUCAGCUACUUCGACAAUUACCGUGCUUUUGAGCGGCAUCGUUCCAAGUGCACAAUGGUCCACCCGCCCGGCAACGAAAUCUACCGUGACGAAAACAUUUCUUUCUUCGAGGUUGACGGCCGUCGCCAGCGCACAUGGUGUCGCAAUUUGUGUCUUCUUAGCAAACUUUUCCUGGAUCACAAGACGCUCUACUACGACGUCGACCCGUUCCUCUUUUACUGCAUGUGUACGCGCGACGAUACGGGCUGCCAUCUCGUCGGCUAUUUCUCUAAAGAAAAAGAUUCUGCCGAAGGCUACAAUUUGGCUUGUAUCACAACCUUCCCGCAAUUCCAGCGUGCAGGUUAUGGUCGUCUAUUGAUCGCUAUGAGCUACGAGCUCAGCAAGCGCGAGGGUAAACUGGGCUCUCCCGAAAAGCCGCUAAGUGACUUGGGAUUGCUGAGUUAUCGUCGAUACUGGCGAGAGACCCUUGUCGAGCUGUUAGCGGAGCCAAAUCGCGAGGCUAUGAGCGAGAAUGAACUUGCUCUUCUCACUUCUAUGACUGAGAAGGACAUCCAUGAGACAUUGCUUGUGAACAACAUGCUUCGUUAUCAUGCAAGUUUUCGUUUCCCCUCCUCGGAUUACGUAUCAGAUCAUACUAACCCCUCGCAGAAAGGAAACUGGAUCAUCGUUCUCACCGACCAAGUUCUCGACGAGCAUAACAAACGUCUCGAAAAGGAGAAGAUCAAGGGCUCAAGAAGGAUUGAUCCCGUCCGUCUCCAGUGGAAGCCUCCCGUCUUUACUGCGUCCAGCCGUACCUGGAACUGGUAAUGGGAAUAUGGGGGAUCAUGACCCACUUUUCUUUAACCCGGCUUGCCAUCGGAUGGCCCACAGCUGGAGCAGGGUAUGGAUCUGCAAGUGAUCACUCCACACGGUCUUCUCGAUUAUGAAUUCAUGGGCGUUUGGUAGCGUUUCUCAAGGUGUCUGGGGGAGCGUCGGUUUCCGGAGUCUGGACUUACGGAUUGGUUUUACUCAAUACCUCCAAUUUUGUACAAUAUCCUCUUUUUCGCAAAAUGAUCUUUUUAUGAUCUUUUUCCAACCC